UUUUUUACAUCCCUGCUUACGUUUGGCUGGCAUAGCCUAAUUUCCGCAUUCCCAAAUCCUCCCAGAUUGGGAUCACGUUUAAAAUCGGGCUGAUGCAACGAUUUCCACUUUUUAAAAUCUACUCUCGACCCUCGGCUGACCAGAAGAAAGGACAUUUGUUGCACCUGGGAUCAAAGUCAGCUGUGGUCACGACCGAGUCUGACACGAUGCCAGGACAAAUCCCAGAUCCCUCUGUGACAGCAGGCUCCCUGCCCAGCCUGGGCCCACUGGCUGGGAUCUCAGCCACCACGCUGACUGACAAGCUCAAAUUUGGUGACCUCCAGGAGUUUGGGACAAUGCUGUCACCUCUGCACUUCCUGGACAGUCUGGGGAAAAGGCCUCUAGUCAUCAAAACAGAGAGAGAUGAAGAAGAAGAGAGGAGGAAACGAAGGCGGGAGAAAAACAAAGUGGCUGCAGCUCGGUGUCGAAACAAAAAGAAAGAGAGGACAGAUUAUCUACAAAAGGAAUCGGAGAGACUAGAGAUGUUAAACUCUGACCUUAAAGCGCAGAUCGAGGAGCUGAAGCUGGAACGACAGCAACUGAUCCUCAUGCUGAACCGCCAUCGCCCCACGUGUAUUGUCAGGACAGAUAGUGUCAAAACCCCGGAGAGCGAGGUGAACCCCUUGCUGCAGCAACUGGAGGCCAAGUGAAGGUGCUUGCGACUUUCUACAGUUGACGGUUGAGAAAGAAGCAGCCAACUAGCAGCACUUAGCUUUGGGCCUCGGCCAUUGAGGGGAACCAGCAAAGCUCUCCUACCCUAAGACACAGUGCGUUACAGCACAAAAUGAGGAUCCAGUAUGAUUGGACACUGUUUUGGCAGUUAAAUCUAACUUUUUUUUUUAAUUCUCUCUCUCUUUUGCUUCCCCAUUUAGUUCUGUCAUUUUGGUCAUCAGAGCUCCAGCCACUAUUAGUAUGAAGUUAAACAAAAACACAACUCAUUAUCCUACAUUCCUGACAUUCAGUUUGUAGUUUUAUAGUGGAUUUGUACCAUAUCUGUUCUUAACUUUAGCCUUUAGCCAAAACGGAUUUCCGCAGCUAAAACUGAGUGUGGUAGCAGAAAAAAAAAUCCACUAUUGAAAACCUAAAAAGUUAAUGUGAACUCAGUAAUUUCAAUAAUUCAUUUGGUGAUUUGGUGACAAUUACGAUUUAUGUUAUGUAUAACUUAAGAGAAGUGUAGGCUUAAACUAUGCUACAGUUUUAUAACUGUUUGCAGCCAAGUUACAUAGAACUGUUGUUUCAACAGCGUCUCAGUUGCUGUUUCCAUGUGAGGCAGGUGUGAUGGCCCAAAAGAACAAAGGAUAUGUGGGAUCAGGCUAUAAAUAGAUUUAAUGAGGGGUUGCAACACUUCUCUGUCUUUAUGCUAAAGAUUGUUUUUGCUUGUUUUGGCUUUGUUAAAAUGCAUUCUGGGAAUCAUUUGAAUUUUAACUGAAAUCUUAAUAGAUUGAUGCAUUUCAUAAAAUAUAUUAAAAAAUAACUGCUGAAAUGCAUUAACCAUCAUACACUAAGGAAUGAAGUUACACCUACAGACACAGUCAGAAGCAUUUUUACUAUAUUAAAAACCCUUCUGUCAUUUUUGUUCUUUCAUACAUUUGGUGGCAGAGCAGUUGACCCCCCCCCCCCCCCUUAUUCCUAUGUUUUGGCGCAGGCGUCAUGUAUGCACAUAUAUAUGAACUGUUUACAUCAAUGUACUUUAUGUUCUGUUACCAUAUUGUUACUACCAAUUAUGUUUAUGUUUUUUAUACUUUUGUAUAUGAUGUUAUAUAAGCAUAUAAGCUAUCACAAAAUCCCAUUUUGUACUUCCUUAAGAAAUAAAUGUUUAGUUUCUUUUUUGACAGGAAUUUUUUUGAGAACUGAGAAUUGAAAACAUGUCACAUGUAUCAUGUUAUGUGAUAAAUAUUCGUCACCACAAUUUCUAGUAAAGGGUGCCAUCUAGUGGCCAGUCGCAGCCCAACCCGAUUAACUGUACACCAACAGUACAUUUUAAAUGGUGCCAAACUGUUACUACAUUUUAAACUAUUUGAAAUUUCUUGAAUAUAAUACCAUAUUGACCCUAUGCAUUGCAACAUAUGUACCUCUCCAGCAGUCAAUUGUCCCCACAACGUUUGACUAAUUUUUAGAUAUGAGGCUUUGGGGAUCACAAGGGGUCCUGUAGGUGUUUUCAGCAGUGAGCAGUUCCACACAAAUGAUAUCAGUUGAGAAGCUGCAUGCCUCAUGAAGUAAAAUUAUAUAUGUUUUUUUUAUGUUUAACCUUGUUCCCUUCACUUCAUUUGUAAUUCUGAACUAAGUCAUCAAACUUCUUGUCACAUUAUUUUCCUUUUGUAUUUUUUUAAAUGA